GUCCAUAUCAAUCUCCACAAGCACCAAACUAAACAUCAACCAAAGGAAUGAAAAUAUUGCAAACUGUCAUUUGUCUUCUCUUCCCAAGGCUAAACUGCCAUUAGACCCCUUUCAACUUGUUUACAAAUUCUUUAUUCUCUUCCUGACAACAUCUUCGAAUUACAUUUCAAUUAACUGGCAGACAUCCAGCCAAACUCCCACACCUUCGCUCAGAGAUUUGGAGUUUUGAUCCUGAAUACUAGAGCUGGAGAAAUUUAUCGAAUAGAAUUAAGACAGACAAAGAAGGAAGAGACUUCACCUUCUCAAAAGAAUGAGUGGGAUGCAAUUUUAAGAGAUAACGCACUCAGCCGAGUAUCAAAUCCCCGUUAAGGGUCAGUAUCAAAUCUAGAUCUUUCUUGAUCACUCACUAGGAAUCCCUAAACAAUGGGAAUCUUAAAUUUGCAACCUUUGAACAUCACAUAAGAAUGGUCAGGUCCGAUAGACAAUUAUAAUACAUUUUGUAUGGUAUGUCGUCGCCAUCGCUUCAGACGAACAAUUUGAAUUCAAAAGAUCAUUACAAACAGCUUUAUCUGAUUUGGGACUCGGAUAACACACGUAAGAUAUUCUUUUAGUGAUCUUCAAGGGGCUGAAACUUCACCUAGGCAUCAAGCUUUCGGCCUAAAACACUACACAGCAUUUGAUUCGAACACUGCUCAGACAAUGACAUGGAGGCACCGAGGCAAGUACAAGAAUAAUGUGUUUUUUUUUUUUCCCUAUUGUUACCGCUGAUAGUAGCCCUAUUUAGUUAGAAUAGUAAUACAGGCCGUUUAAAUAUCUUAACUUGUUAUCUUCUCAAAUGAUUUUAUAGGCUGCCUGAGAUUACAGCGAUAUGCCAGGCAAUCUUUAUUAAUUUUAUUGUAUUCUUGGUUUUUUUGUUGUCUCUAGUGAUUGAUGGCUGCUUUUUGUUUUAGGUUUACUUUUUGAUGAUUCGAUUUGACUGAAAAUCGAUUCGAUGAACUGAAUACGAAUUGUCUUUUCAGGUUAAUUUUUUUAGUGGUGUUUUUAAUAAUUUUGAGGAAGUAUUAGUUUUUCAACAAAAUGUAGUGUCCAGAAUUCUUAAAAUUAGGGUUUUUGAAUUCCAGAGCACCUGUACAAGGAUCACUUUCACGCCUUUAAUGUUUCGCAAGGGGAACUCAGAUUUGAAGAUUAUCAGAGUCUGACUGUUAUUACGAUAAUGAAAAACUGGCUAUGUGUCGGUAUAUAAAUAAAGGCUUAGCAGCAUUAGUUUGUGAUUUUAGAAACCGUCAGAUUCUCAAACAAUGGUAUUAUAGUCGAUCUACGAUCAAUCUAUUUAUGUAUUCGUUGAAAGGCCACUAGAUCGUGUGGAUGGAAUUGGAGAUCGUUAAAUCCACUCAUGUUUUCUCUACUUGUGCAGAAUCUUAAAAUACAAUACAAAGUCCUCUGUGUUUUUACUGUAAUAUUGUAGAGCAAUGAGUAUGAACUUUUCUGGCAAUUUCCAGAUAUGAGAUACCCAGUUUGCCAGAUGAAAUCUCAAGGAAAGGGGAGGGGGAUUCGUAUCUUUUAUUGUGAGGGAAAGUCGAGUUUCUUUUAUUUUAUACCAUCUUUUUUGGCUACUAAAUUGACUUCAUUCGUAUCCAGUGUAGGAAUAAUCGUAGAUUUAUAAUGAAUUUAUGCCAGUAUCUCAGGUUAAAUUGUUCAGCUGUAGAUGCUUAUUACAAUAUUCUCCAAUAUUUUUAAUGAUAAAUUACCAAUACUGCAGGACAUAUUUUAACUUCUACUUAAGACCCAUAAAGCCCUUUCAAUAUUUUGGACUUUUUUCAUUUCUAUUUUGUUUUCCUUUUCUCUUUGGUGAUUGAGACAUUUUCCCAUUGGAGUUUAUGAAUGGACAAGUUUCUGUUAGCCCAUUUGUUUGUCUUCGAAAGAUUUGUAUUUUUAUAAGCGUUUUCUGGCUUUGGUUCUGUCAAUAAAUAGAUUGCAGUUCAUUCCUAUCCUUCAUUAUGGGAAUAAAUAAAGGCCUUUCAUAUUGCUUUUAUACAAAUCCUAUUCAUAUCUUAAACCUGAAGUUUCCCAGAAUAUAAGUGAGAAUUUUAUGCUGCACAUCAGAAUUUAACCCUGUUGUUGUUUGUCCAUCUGAUUUGAAUCUUCUCUUUUCUAUUUUCCGUAUAUUUUUCCUGUGGCUUUUCCUUUCUGAAAAACAUAUAAAGAGAACAAAAGUUGAUGUAGUUUUGGAUGGUAGACAGGAUAUUUGAGCAGAAAUCAGCUCUGCUUGCUGUUGUUGUUGGGAUAGCUGUGUUGCAGUUUUGGUCAUUUGUAGAUGAACACUCAGAAGAUAGAUUGCCGCGAACCAGUUAGCCAGAACUAUGAACUGAUCAAUGAUCGUAGCUCUGAAUUUGCUAAUUGUUCUUCCCAAUUAUUUGGAUCCAAACAGUCUUGGCAAUUCAGAACUGGUGCUCAGCCACCAACCAUGGGUGGAGGAUCACAACAGCAAUAUAUUAGGCCUGCUAGAUCAUCCAGCACAAUUAUGAGCCGCUUUGAUUCACCAGCUUCUGCUUUUUAUGCAACCGAACGCUGCAUGGGAAUUCAACAGUACGAUAGUCCAGUUGAUGACCCCUCUUUGUUUUCCCAAGUUUCCAGGACUUAUGAUUUGCAGUUCCCUUUGUAUCAAUCUUCUGGGGAAGACUUUUCCAUCGAUUCAGCUCAUCAAGAUGAUUCCAACUUUGAUUUGAGAAACACCUUGCAGGCAAUGGUGAAAUCUCAGUUCUCUUGUAAUCAAUACUAUGGAUCCUCUGUAAACAAAAUUUCAGGCAGCAAUUCACCAGGAUGUAAGCUUCUUCCACAUGAACAAAAUAAGUUGCUUGGUGAUGAUACUAACUAUGGUGGGAGGCACCUUUUGAUUCCUUUUAAAGGAAAUCAGGACGAUAUGGGCAAUUGCAAUUCACUUGCUUCCUCGCCCCCACAGCUGGGCUGCUCCUCUCAGCAAGAGAAGCAGUUUUCAAGACUUUCCUCUGAAAAUAUACCCCUUACUCCUGGCCAUUCUGCUUCAGCCGGGGCAGUAAUCUCUAAUAAGGCAAGAAUAAGGUGGACUCAAGAUCUUCACGAGAAAUUUGUUGAAUGUGUUAAUCGCCUUGGUGGUGCUGAGAAGGCAACGCCAAAGGCAAUACUAAAGCUGAUGAACUCGGAUGGAUUGACCAUUUUUCAUGUGAAAAGUCAUCUUCAGUACCGAAUUGCAAAAUACAUACCAGACUCAACAGAAGGAAAAUUGGAGAAAAGAAACAGUAUGAGCAAUGUACCCCUGCUCGAUGUUAAAACUGGCUUACAGAUCAAAGAGGCACUGCAAGUGCAGUUAGAUGUCCAGAGGCGUCUUCAUGAACAAUUAGAGGUUCAGCGAAAAUUACAGCUACAAAUUGAAGAACAAGGGAAGCAGCUCAAGAUGAUGUUUGACCAGCAACAGAAAACAAAUAGUAGCCUCUUCCCGAAUCACAACUUGGAUACUUCCUCUGCUGAACCAUCAAAUAGUCAAGAGGUUCAGGUUCCCAUUUCUGAAGGUUCUAGAAAUCCUUUAUUCCCAUCCAAGAUAAGCUAGAUCCUCAAAGCAUGACAUAUGAUCUUUUGGUUAUACACCGUCAAGCACUUAAGCAGUCAUGGGUUCCCUGGAAAGCUUUUAUCUUUUGCAUAUUGAAAGCAGUUAAACAGUCAUGAGGUUCCUGCAAAGCUUCAUUCCCUACAAUAGAAUCAAGACAUACGCAGCAGCCUAAUUAAGUAUAGCAUGCUGCAUGCAGUGUGUUUGCAUAAUCCAAACUGUGUAUUUACAGUGUAAAUACAAUUGAGUGCACUCGUUCAUAAUUCCCUUCAGAAAAUAACUGUUGUGUAUACUUCAUGCAUCCCUCGUCCAUCCUUAAACCUAGUGAAAAGCAUUCUUGUUGUAAAAAGCUCAUUUUGAGCUUGUGUUAGCGUAAGAAUAAUGUUGUCUUGUAAUUUGUGUGCUCAUGUUUUGAGUUUGGUUGAAAACUGUAUUGAGGGAACCCAUAUGAAAUUCGAACUAAACUCUC